UUUAUCUUUGCUUCCAUGCAUGGAUUUCUCCUCCCAUUUUCAUAAACUAUACUCUUUUCUUUAAUUUUUGAAAACAAAUACUAAUAAUUUUGAUAUUUUUUUUCAUAUAUUAGUAGGAGGAACAAAAGUUGGACUUUUGUUACUUCUGAUCUGAUAUUGUUGAUUAUUAAGAUUUUUCGAUUUGAUUCAAUGGGGUAUGAAGAUCAUGAAGUACUAAUGAAACACGUUUGCAAAUUUUGCAAUAAGAGUUUUCAUUGUGGUAGAUCUUUAGGAGGUCAUAUGAGGUCUCAUAUGGUUAAUACAACUGAUGGGGAGACAUCAAGAAAGAAGCUUCCAGCUUAUAUCGUUAGCAAUUCCACCACCAAUAAUAACAAUCGCAAUGUUAAUUUGGAUAUUGGAAAUCAAGAUAUUAGUUAUGUGCUUAGAAACAAUCCGAAGAAGACUUCGAAAUUUUCUGAAGAUUUGGUGGAUACUUUGCUUCCUAAAGUUUGCAAGGAAUGUGGCAAAAGCUUUCAGUCUUGGAAAGCUUUAUUUGGGCAUAUGAAGUGUCACUCGUCAUCAUCUUCAGUAGAAGAAGAUUCUUGGAACAGUGUUAGUGAAUCUGACACCGAAGCAGCAGCAGCUGCGGCGGCGGCAGCAGCAGCAGCAACAAAUAAGAAGAAGAGAUCAUCUAGAAAAAGGUAUAACAUGGCCCCUGCUGCAACUUCCUCUUCUUUAACUGUUGCUGCUAAUGGCUCCUCCCCUUGUGUAUCUGAAAUUGAGCAUGAACAAGAAGAGAUUGCUAUGAGUUUGAUUAUGCUAUCAAGAGAUGUAAGCAAUUGGGUUGGUAACAAUCACGUCACUGAUCAAUGUUCUGAUAACAAUUCACAGUUUUUGACCAAAUCAGAGCUGAUGAAGAAAGUCAAAAAUGGAAAAACAGAACAAGGUGAGAGUUCUAAGUCUCUAACAAAUGGUCAAAAAAGGAACAGAACAGAGGUUUUAGAUGAUGAGAAAAAGAAGAAGAUUAAAAUGGAGAAUGAAAACAGAGUAGUUAUCUCUGAUCCAAAAAUAAAAUUUGAGUGUACUACUUGUAACAAGGGCUUCCACUCUUAUCAAGCACUUGGUGGUCACAGAGCAAGCCACAAGAAUUCUAAAGGUGAUCAAACUUGUGCUGCCACUCAUAUCGAUCUUGCUAAACAAAUCAAAACCGGCGAUAAUGAGACUGAAUUUGGGCAAAAUUGUGGAUCCAAGAAGCAACUAAAGAUGCAUGAGUGUCCAAUUUGUUACAAGAUUUUCCCAUCAGGACAAGCAUUAGGUGGUCAUAAAAGAUCCCAUUUGAUUGCUGAGGCCAAAAAAAAAAACCACAAUCAAACUGUUGAAGUAGAAAAACCAACACCAGAAAUCAAAAACUUCUUGGAUCUAAAUUUGCCUGCUCCUGUCGAAGAAGAAGAUCACGUAUUAGAUUCUAGCAGUACUCAUGAACAACAGCAUACUGAAUUUCAGCAAUGGUGGAUUGACAGUACACACAAACAUGAGCAACUAUUGGGCCUUCUUUCUAACUAAUCAUUGGGGAAUUUCAUCAAAGUGUACAGAUUCAUUGAUUCUUUACAUGAUUGAAGUGUUUGGAUUUCCCAAGUCACAACAAUAACUACGUCUGAGUCCCUAACAAGUUGGGAUCGGCUAUAUGAAUCUCCACUGUUUCAAUUUAAGCUCAAUCCGAAGUUAGUAAGUUUUACGCCAAACUAUCAACCUACAACAAUGUGAGUUUGAUCAUUGAACUAUAUAUUAAGUACCUCUUAUUUUAUUUUUUUAGUUGAAUUUCUUUUACAAAUUUUAGUUAGGGAAUGGUAAUUCAAUGUGUACAAGAUGUAACCUUUUUUUUUUUCUUUUUCCUAUUUUGCAUUCAUUUGUUGAAUACAUUUUAGCUUCAUCUUGAGCUAAACAUGAAAAGAGUAAAUUUUGUUCUAGUGUAAUAAUUUUAUCUUGGGAUUGAAGGAAAAA